UUCGUCUGGUGAUCUCUAGACCAGUACGCGGAAGGGACCCAAGAUCUCAACGUCAGUGCCAAGAAAACGUGGACCGCAAUUUCUUCAGAAUUAGCCGCUUUAUUUAAAAAUUUAACAAUUUUCCAUAAACAGGAUAUAAUAAUUAUCGAUAGGACAAAACGAUGGCAGACUACGUGUUUGGUAACACAAAACCGGCAGAUGUACCGAUACCGGAUGAUGGGCUCUCAGCAUCACAGUUAUUUUCCAACGGUGAUGGUCUAACUUACAAUGAUUUUAUUAUUUUACCGGGUUACAUUGAUUUUACCGCCGAUGAGGUUGAUUUAUUAUCGCCGUUAACGAAGAAGAUCAUGCUGAAGGCACCGCUCGUAUCAUCCCCAAUGGACACAGUUACAGAAUCUGACAUGGCUAUUGCUAUGGCCCUAUGCGGAGGAAUCGGGAUAAUACAUCAUAAUUGUACGCCGGAAUACCAAGCUAACGAAGUACAUAAGGUGAAAAAAUAUAAACAUGGAUUUAUCAGAGAUCCUGUUGUUUUGUCACCAAAUCACACAGUUAGUGAUGUAAUGAAUGUAAAAGCUGAACAUGGUUUUAGUGGUGUUCCUAUCACAGAUACAGGGAAAGUAGGAGGUAAAUUGCUGGGUAUUGUUACAUCUAGAGAUAUUGACUUUUUGGAAAGUUCACCAAAUCAACAAUAUACUAAGUUAGAAACAAUAAUGACAAAAUUAGAAAAUUUAAUUACUGCAACUGCUGGUGUAACAUUACAAGAAGCAAAUGUGAUUCUUGAGAAGUCUAAGAAAGGAAAGCUUCCAAUUGUUAAUGAGAAAGGAGAGUUAGUAUCUCUAAUGGCCAGAACUGAUUUAAAAAAGAAUCGUAGUUAUCCAAAUGCCAGCAAAGAUGAAAAUAAACAAUUAUUAGUUGGGGCUGCAAUUGGCACACGUCAUACAGACAAACAUAGGCUGCAACUUCUUGGUGCAUCUGGUGUUGAUGUUAUUGUAUUAGAUUCUUCUCAAGGAAAUUCUAAGUACCAGAUUGAAAUGAUUAAAUACAUUAAAUCAGAAUAUCCAGAAUUACAAGUAAUUGCUGGAAAUGUUGUAACAACUAUGCAAGCUAAGAAUCUUAUAGAAGCUGGUGCUGAUGCUUUGCGUGUUGGAAUGGGUUGUGGAUCUAUUUGUAUCACUCAGGAAGUUAUGGCUGUAGGAAGACCACAAGCAACUGCUGUGUAUAAGGUUGCAGAGUAUGCACGAAGAUUUGGUGUACCCGUUAUAGCUGAUGGUGGCAUUCAAUCUAUUGGACACAUAAUUAAGGGUCUAAGUUUGGGUGCUAGUACAGUUAUGAUGGGUUCAUUAUUGGCUGGUACUUCAGAAGCACCAGGUGAAUAUUUUUUUAGUGAUGGUGUACGUCUUAAAAAAUAUAGAGGCAUGGGUUCCUUGGAAGCUAUGAACAGGAAAGAUGCUCAAGGUUCAGCAAUGGAUAGGUAUUUCCAUAAUGAGAUGGAUAAAUUGAAGGUAGCCCAAGGUGUGAGUGGUUCAAUAGUUGAUAAAGGAACUGUUUUAAAAUUUUUACCAUAUUUACAAUGUGGUAUUAAACAUGGAUGUCAAGAUAUUGGGGCAAAGUCUAUUUCUGCUUUGAAAUCUAUGAUGUAUAGUGGAGAGCUAAAAUUUGAAAGAAGAACUCAUUCAGCUCAGCAAGAAGGAAAUGUUCAUAGCCUUUUCUCAUAUGAGAAAAGACUCUUUUAAUUAGGUAAAUAUUAAAUGAACAUUGUAUGAAAAGUACCUGCAUUUACUUGCAUAUAAAUUAUCAAUUUUAACAAAUUAUGCCUGAAAUUAUGUGAUGUCACAUAUCGUUUAACAAGAAAAAUCAAAAUCAUUUUUCAAUG